AAUGGGACCACACCCAACACAUUAUGAGGAUAUUUUUUUUAUCUCAUCCUCUAGAGAUGGAUUUGUUUAAUAUACCCGUAGUGGAGAUUUAAGUUUGUCUUCUCUUCCUUAAGAAUCGAGAUAGCUCUGUUGCUGUGUUUUUCGUGGUCGUUCUAUUUAUGCUGCGACUAUUCUUUCUCAUAAAUCAGGAGAUAGGCAAAAUCCAUACUCUAAGAUAUGUCCACGGAAACAGAGUUAGCAAAGCUAGGAGGCUCUCUCUUGGCGCCUAGUGUCCAAGAGUUGGCUAAGGAGCCGUUGCCAAAACUUCCACCUCGAUACGUACGCACCGAUGAAGACCCUCCUUUCGUCUCCCACACAAAUCUAUCAGCACAAGUUCCCGUUAUAGAUAUGCAAAAGUUGUCUUCACAGGAAGAAAGGGAUCGGUUGCAUCGUGCAUGCAAAGGAUGGGGGUUCUUCCAGUUAAUCAACCACGGAGUGAGCACUUCAUUGGUGGAAAAAAUGAAGAUACAGGUCCAAGAGAUUUUCAAUCUUCCAAUGGAAGAGAAGAAGAAGCUUUGGCAAAGACCAGAUGAGAUUGAGGGAUUCGGGCAGGGCUUUUUGUUUUCUGAAGAGCAGAAGCUUAACUGGGGAGAUAGGUUCUACAUGAUCACCCUGCCAACUUAUUUGAGAAAACCCCACUUAUUCUCUAAUCUCCCACUCGCCUUCAGAGAAACCUUGGAAGCUUACUCUUUAGAACUGAGAAAUCUUGCCAUGAAACUAUUGGAACUUAUGGCAAAAGCUUUAAGGAUGGACUGUAAUGACAUGAGAGUGUUGUUUGAAGAAGGGUACCAAGGGAUGAGGAUGAACUAUUAUCCCCCGUGUCCAGAACCAGAGCUUGCAAUUGGUCUCAACUCUCAUUCUGAUGCUGUUGGCCUCACAAUUUUACUCCAGAUCAACGAGAUGGAAGGUCUCCAGGUAAGGAAAAAUGGAGUUUGGGUUCCGAUCAAACCACUUCCAAACGCUUUUGUGAUCAACAUAGGAGACAUCAUUGAGAUAGUAUCCAACGGGAUUUACCCAAGCAUUGAGCAUCGUGCGACUGUGAACUCAUUUAAAGAAAGGGUAUCAGUGGCUACCUUCUACAGCCCGAAAUUGGAAGGAGAAGUUGGUCCAGCACCAAGCCUGAUAACUCCAAGAACUCCACCGCAGUUCAGGAGAAUAGGAGUUGUUGAUUACUUCAAAGGCUUUCUCUCCCGCGGGAUCCGUAGAAAAUCCUAUUUGGAUACUCUAAGACUGAAUUUGAAGGAUUAGUUUUAAAAUACUUGUGAUGGUCAUGUAAAGUUCAAUGUUAAUGCAUCGGUUGUGGGAAAUUCAGUGACCUAAUUUCGUCGGAGAAUAAUGUCUAUAUGACAGAUGGUUGGGGUGUGGUGUUUCUUUUGCGUGGGAUUAAGUGAUUCAUUUGUAUUUCUCUGGUGGCACUGUCAGUUGUAACUUCAUGUCUUUGUAAUAUCUCACUAAUAAUUUAAUAAUAUGAAGGAAA